CCAAAAGGUGAGUCUUCAUCAACUGUCUUGAAGCCUGUUAUCCUAGAUGAGAUCUUGGAUGAACAUAAGAAAAGGAUCAGAGAAAAAAUUAUCAAAGAAAGUGCUGCACCUGUGAAACAUCUCAAGCUGUAUGAUAAGUACAGCUUCCUGGUAAACAAACAAGCUGAACAAGAUAUUGAUCAGUUCCUGACAGAGGAACAUACGUUUGAAGAAAUGAAAAUGGAAAUUAUAAAGUACCAGGAACUUUCUAAGGAAAUAAAGUACACUUCUAGGAAGUGUCUCCGGCUAGGAAUGUUUGAAUUACAUUGUGAUGAAUUAAUAAGUGCUUUGGCAAAGCGAGCAGAUAAUAUUUGUGAAAAAGUUAUUUCGAAAAUGUUAAAAGAUCUUCAAGACAUAAAUAUGAGACUCUGUGAUGAGUUUGAGAGAAUAUCAGAAAAAGCCCAUACUGCUCCGUCUAAUACAGAGGAACUAGUGGAAUUAAAGGCCUCUAUGCAGAAAGUGGAAACGUGUGACAUGCUUGAAUUGGAGCAGAAAUUAGCCUAUUCUUUAAAUUGUGUUGCUUUCCUGGUAGAAUGUGUCAACUUUUCACCAGCAGACAUUCGACUGAACAGUAAUGUUUUUCAAUGGCAUGCACGAAUGCCAGGUAUUUUUGAAGAGCACAGAAAGAUAAUUCAAGAAAGAACAGAGCAAUUACAAGAUAGUCUUAAGAUACGCUGUGAACAAUUUGUUGAGGAACUGAAAAGCUACUCUAAGCAGGUUGAAGAAUUUAGCAUGUUUGGAGAUGUUCAGGAAGUCAACAGGUAUUUGAAGAAAGCUCAAGUGUUAAAUGCAAACUUGGAUCUUGCUGCUGAUAAGAUUGAUCAGCUGAAUUCAGAAGAAGAGUCGUUUGGAUGGCCAACAUCCCAGUACCCUCAGCAUAAAACCAUCCGGAAUACUCUUGCUCCAUAUCUUCAUCUCUAUGAGAUGACUGUUGAAUUCAACAAAAAACAUCAAGACUGGACAGAGGGACCAUUUGCAGAAGUGGAUCCAGACAAAGUAGAGGCAGAUGUAGGAAGCUACUGGCACGGAUUGUAUAAACUCGAAAAAGCCUUCCACAAUUCUCCAAAUGCGUUAGCAAUAACAAGACAAGUUAAAUCAAAAGUAGAGGAGUUCAGAUACCAUAUUCCUCUAAUUCAGGUGAUUUGCAAUCCUGGUUUGCAAGAAAGACACUGGGAGGAGAUGUCAAAAAUUGCUGGUUUACCACUGUCUCCUUCUGAAGACUUAAAUCUCUUGUCAUAUAUUAACUUGAAUCUUGAACCAUUCCUAGAAGAGUUUGAGACCAUCAGUGAAAAAGCCAGCAAAGAACAUUCAUUUGAGAAAGCUUUAACGAAAAUGAUUUCUGAAUGGGAUCAAAUGGAGUUCACUCUUCUUGCCUAUAGAGACACAGGAACCCAUAUUUUGUCAUCUGUAGAUGACAUUCAGAUGUUACUGGAUGACCACAUUGUCAAAACUCAGACUAUGAGAGGAUCUCCAUUCAUUAAGCAUUAUGAAAAGAGAACAAGGGAAUGGGAAGGAAAGCUGUUGUUAGUACAGGAGAUCCUGGAUGAAUGGCUGAAGGUUCAGGCUAAUUGGCUUUAUUUGGAGCCAAUUUUCAGUUCUCCUGACAUCAUGGCUCAGAUGCCUGAGGAAGGUAGAAGAUUCAGUACUGUGGUUAAGACAUGGAAAGACUUAAUGAAGGAAGUUUUUCAGGACAAACAUGUGCUGAGAGUAGCAAUAAUAGACAGGAUGUUGGAAAAAUUGAGGAAGUGCAAUGAAUUUCUGGAGCUAAUUCUCAAGGGACUUAAUGAAUACCUGGAGAAGAAGCGCCUGUUUUUCCCCAGAUUCUUUUUUUUAUCUAAUGAUGAACUCCUUGGGAUUCUUUCAGAGACCAAAGAUCCUACACGAGUACAACCUCACUUGAAAAAGUGUUUUGAAGGAAUUGCAAGAGUGGAAUUUACUGAUGUAUUAGAUAUUACCCACAUUAAAAGUAGUGAAGGAGAGACUGUGGAACUCAUAGAGACAAUCUCGACAUCAGAAGCUAGAGGUCAAGUUGAAAAAUGGCUGGUUGAACUGGAGGCAGCUAUGCUGAAGUCUGUCCACAAGGUCAUUGGGGAUGCACUUGAAGCUUAUCCAAAAACUCCACGUGUUAAUUGGGUAAGAGAGUGGCCUGGACAAACAGUUCUUUGUGUAUCCCAAACCUUCUGGACCAUGGAAGUACAGAUGUCUAUUAGAAAUGGCCAAAAGGCACUAGAGGAUUUUCUGGAACAGAAUAAUAGACAGAUUGAGGACAUUGUCACCUUGGUGCGAGGAAAGCUGUCGAUGCAGAAUCGAGUGACUCUAGGAGCACUUGUUGUGCUUGAUGUUCAUGCUAGGGAUGUUCUUGCAUCUCUAGUAAGCAAGAAAGUCAAUGAUGAGAAUGACUUUGAAUGGUUAAGUCAGCUUAGGUACUACUGGGAGGAAGGGCAUCUACAAACAAAGAUGAUUAAUGCUGGACUGAGGUAUGGAUACGAAUAUCUUGGCAAUACCCCAAGGCUGGUUAUUACUCCACUUACAGACAGAUGCUACAGAACCUUAUUUGGUGCACUACAUCUACAUCUUGGAGGUGCCCCUGAAGGUCCUGCUGGAACUGGAAAAACAGAAACCACAAAAGAUUUAGCAAAGGCUGUAGCUAAACAGUGUGUGGUUUUCAAUUGUUCUGAUGGAUUGGAUUACCUUGCAUUAGGAAAAUUUUUUAAGGGUUUAUUGUGUUGUGGGGCAUGGGCUUGCUUUGAUGAAUUCAACAGGAUUGAUUUGGAAGUACUCUCUGUGGUUGCUCAGCAGAUUUUUACUAUCCAAAGAGGCAUUAAUUCAGGAUCUGAAUUAAUAGUGUUUGAAGGAACUGAACUGAAACUGAACCCUACAUGUGCUGUCUUCAUUACCAUGAAUCCUGGCUAUGCUGGGCGUUCAGAGCUUCCUGAUAAUCUUAAGGCUCUCUUUAGAACAGUAGCUAUGAUGGUUCCUGAUUAUGCCAUGAUUGCAGAGAUUGUUCUGUAUUCUUGUGGUUUUGUUACUGCUCGACCUCUAUCUGUAAAAAUUGUAGCUACAUAUCGUCUGUGUUCAGAGCAGUUGUCUUCGCAGCACCAUUAUGACUAUGGAAUGAGAGCUGUGAAGUCAGUACUCACUGCUGCUGGCAACCUGAAGCUGAAAUAUCCAUCAGAAGAUGAAGAAAUUUUGCUCCUUAGAUCCAUUACAGAUGUCAACCUGCCUAAAUUCUUGUCUCACGAUUUACCACUUUUUGAGGGUAUUACUUCUGAUUUGUUUCCUGGUGUGAAGCUACCAAAACCAGACUACAAUGACCUAUUGGAAGCCAUUAAAAAAACCUGCGAUGCUAUGAAUUUGCAAAUGACUGACACAUUUACUAUGAAGAUCCUACAGAUAUACGAGAUGAUGAUUGUGCGUCAUGGUUUUAUGAUAGUUGGAGAGCCUUUUGGGGGAAAAACAUGUGCGUAUCGAGUUCUGGCAGGAGCAUUGGGAGACAUAUGUGAGAAG